UCUGCAAAUCCACCAAGUUUACACCAUUGAUUCCGCCUGUCCCUCCAUCUCUUGUAGCUCUACUAGUGCUCACUGCCCAUCUCAUCUCAGCUGAGAUGGCCAGAUCCAUGUUGGCCCUGUUCGUCGUCCUGGCGGCGGCCGGCUGCCUCCUGCCGGCGUCCCAGGCGUGGUGGUACCCAGGAACGGCCACGUUCUACGGCGGCGCCGACGGCUCCGGGACAAUGGGGGGCGCGUGUGGGUACGGGAACCUGUACAAUUCUGGGUACGGGGUCAACACGGCGGCGCUGAGCACGGCGCUGUUCAACGACGGCGCGUCGUGCGGGCAGUGCUACCUCAUCACCUGCGACACCGGCAAGUCGACGAUGUGCAAGCCCGGCACGUCCAUCACCGUGACCGCCACCAACUUCUGCCCUCCCAACUGGGCUCUCGCCAACGACAACGGCGGCUGGUGCAACCCGCCGCGCCAACACUUCGACAUGUCCCAGCCCGCCUGGGAGACGCUCGCCAUCUACCGCGCCGGCAUCGUCCCCAUCCUCUACCAGCAGGUGAGGUGCUCGAAGAUGGGAGGGAUCAGGUUCACCAUGGGAGGGUUCAACAACUUCGAGCUGGUGCUGAUCACCAACGUGGGCGGGCCGGGGUCGAUCCGGUCGGUGUCGAUCAAGGGGGAGAGGACGGACUGGAUCCAGCUGAGCCGGAACUGGGGAGCGAACUGGCAGUGCAACGCGCCGUUGGUCGGGCAGGGGAUCUCCUUCUCCGUCACCUCCACCAACGGCCAGACGCUCUACAUGUACAACCUCGUGCCGGCGUGGUGGGGGUUCGGCAUGACCUUCACCAGCAACCAGCAGUUCGGCUAUUAAUUAUUCACCUGAUCAAUAGCUCGCUACUACCUCGCACGUACUGCCGCGUCGAUCUCAGCUAGGCUGCAUAUGGCAAUGGCAUCAAGCUGCAUCGGAUUGCGCGUGUACGUAGCUUGAUUUGCCUGCCAUUUAUUCGUCUGCAUUCUGAAUUCUGAUCUGAAGUUGGGGAUUUUUUCGAUCUUUUUGUAACAUGUAUGUAUAUUCUUUUGUCUCAUAUAUAUAUAUAUAUAUUAAAAGCUAUGAUAUUCGCAUAAA